AUGAAACUUCACUAUUUCAACUUCUACGGCAGGGCUGAGUCAGUUAGGAUGCUUCUUCAUCAUGCAAAAGUACCAUUUACAGAAUGCCCAAUCACUUACUAAGACUGGCCAAAGAUUAAGAGUUCAGGGUUGUGUGAAUUCGAAUAAAUACCAGUUUUAGAGACAGAUGGGAAGAGAUUAACUCAGAAUAAAGCUAUCUUAAGAUACUUAGGCGUUCAGCAUGGUUACACUCCCAAAGACCCAUACCAAGCAUAUCUUUGUGACUCGAUGCUAGAUUCAAUCGAUGACGUGUCCCCUCACUUUGUGAUAGCAAGAAAAGAGACUGAUCCCAGGUUGUAGGCAGCUUAUUAUGAAAAGAUUUUUACUUAGGUCUUUCCAAGAUGGUGUGCCGCAGUUGAAAAAAGACUUUAACAGAAUGUUACGCGAAAGUUCCUUGUAGGCGAGGCCUUAACAAUUGCAGAUUUUGCCUUUGCUGGCAGACAUUUCGCAAUAGUCAAGAAUCCUUAAAGUACAGUAGGAGAGAAUUUGCAAAAGAUAUACAACUAACAUGAAGGAUUAAAGGAAUAUGAGGCGAGUUUGGAAUAAGAAUUAAGACCGUACCUGGAAAAAAGGCCUUAGUACCCUUUUUGA